AUGGAAGCCACUGAAUCAAGCAUGGGAUUUCACAGAGACGAAACCUUGGGCUCUGUGCUUGGGGGGCGGGCAAUAUCUUUUCAAUCAGGCGCAAUUAACAGCACGUCGGAGAUGAUUCCCAUGGGAAAUUACUUCGGGAUGAGUAGUUGUACUACUAUGGGUAUGGUGAUGCCCGGGAACUCCACCAUGGCCAACAACAACAGCAACCCUGGAUUGGUUCAAGUGCCAUCUUGUAACUCUCCUGCUUCUUCUCUGCUUCUGGAUUCUGUUCCUUCCUUCAAAGCUGACACAGGCUUGGCUGUUGAAUGGUCGGCUGAAGAGCAGUACAAGUUGGAGGAGGGUCUUGAAAAGUUUUCUGAUGAACCAAGUAUUAUGAGAUACAUAAAGAUUGCUGCCACCAUACCUGAGAAAACAGUUAGAGAUGUUGCAUUGAGAUGUAGAUGGAUGACGCGAAAGCGAAGAAAAGCCGAGGACUAUACUACUGGCAAGAAGUUCAAUAAUAGGAGGGAAAAACUAGUGGAGUCGUCAUCAAAGAUGAUUGUGCCUUCGCCUCUGGCACAGAACUUGUCAGUCUACCCUCUGAUGAUGCAGAACAUGAACCAGACUGCAUCUUUGCCUUUUGAAGUUUCAGGAAUAAGCGGUACAUCUAGACAUCUGUUGGAGCAGAAUAUUCAAGCUUUUAGCCAAAUAUCAGCUAAUCUUUCUGCAUUCAAGUUUCAGGAGAACAUUGAUCUCUUCUGUCGCACGAGGAACAAUAUCACAGCAGUAUUGAACGACAUGAGAGAAAUGCCUGGUAUAAUGAGCCAGAUGCCACCGCUACCUGUAUCGAUAAAUGACGAUCUUGCAAAUAGUUUAUUGCCUACUACAGCUCAGUCAAUGAUGUUUGGGUUGCCUGGCGGGAUGCAGUUGAAGCAAGAGCCAAGGUGUUAG